AUCGCAAUCUCCACCAAACCGAUUGGCCGAGAACCGAGAAUCAGCCGGCGUGCUCGGCCAAAUUGAUUUGAUUACAUCACUCUUUUUGGGCAUUCCUCCGCAUUUAUCGGCAUGGCGCAGAGCAAACUGAACGACCUGGCGGGCAAGUUCGGCAAAGGCGGCCCCAAGGGCUUGGGCACGGCGCUCAAACUGGUGGGCCUGGCCGCCGCGGGGGCCUACGGGAUCAGCCAGUCCCUUUUCACAGUGGAGGGCGGCCACAGGGCCAUCAUUUUCAGCCGCAUCGGCGGCGUGCAAAACGACGUUUUCGCCGAGGGCAUGCACUUCAGGAUCCCUUGGUUCCAGUACCCCAUCAUCUACGACAUUAGGUCACGUCCCCGCAAGAUCUCGUCGCCGACGGGUAGCAAGGACCUGCAGAUGGUCAACAUUUCGCUGCGAGUGCUUUCCAGACCGGACUCGGUCGCCCUGCCUUCCAUGUACCGACAGCUAGGCCUCGACUACGACGAGAAGGUGCUGCCGUCGAUCUGCAACGAAGUGCUGAAGAGCGUGGUGGCCAAGUUCAACGCGUCGCAGCUGAUCACGCUGCGUCAGCAGGUGUCGCUGCUGGUGCGGCGCGAGUUGACCGAGCGGGCGCGCGACUUCAACAUCAUCCUGGACGACGUGUCCAUCACCGAGCUGAGCUUCGGCAAGGAGUACACGCAGGCCGUCGAGGCCAAGCAGGUGGCCCAGCAGGAGGCGCAGCGGGCGGCCUUCGUCGUCGAGCGCGCCGUCCAGGAGAAGCAGCAGAAGAUCGUGCAGGCCGAGGGCGAGGCGGAAGCCGCGCAAAUGUUGGGAGAGGCGAUUUCGGUGAACCCUGGCUACCUGAAGCUGAGGAAGAUCCGCGCGUCGCAGUCGAUCGCCAGGACGAUCGCGCAGUCGCAAAACCGCGUCUACCUGAGUGCCAACAAUCUGAUGCUGAACCUGAACGACCCUGCGUUCGACGAGUCGUCGGACAAGCUGCUCAAAGAUGGCAAGGACAUUGGCAGCUUGUCCUUAGGACAGAUAAGUGAGCAAACGGCCCGCAGCGUGGCUGGCGAUUAAUUAGUCCCUCUCGGAGGGAACGGUGGACAGAGGGAGCAAGAGCAGAAGACUAGGACAGACUAAAUUUACCGUUGAGUGAGAGGGACGAUUAAUUGUUGUUGUUCAAUGUGUGGUGGUUGCUUGUUACGCUACGCGAAUUUGUGCAUUUAAUUUUGAAUUUGAAGCGAUGCUUUCAAUAGUAAGAAAAUGAUGGUCCCGAAAAUAAAUACCGUAGUUCACACGCAG